UAUCAUCCUACGAUCAUAAAUAUAUUGAGAUAGAAAAAAAAUAAGAAUUUAAGGACAGAGCAUAUCAUAUCACAGAUCUUAUUUCGUACCUAUGUAUUGCACGAGAAGAAGUCACUGCCAUGGACCAUAGCCAAUUUUUUCUGAUUAUUUAGGAAUGAAAAGCUCACCAAAUUACUAUGAAGAGAUGAGAUGAGCAAAUAGAAGGGAAAAAUGGCAGGCAAGAUUGAUAGAGCUAAGUAUGGAAUGUGUUUAGGGACAUCUGUGGUGGUAAAUCUAUUGUUGGUAGUCUACUUGGUUGUGGGUGAGAAAUGGAAGCUGAGUUGGAGCAUAAGAGCUGCAGAGGAAGCUGAAGAUGUGGCAGCACAGCCAUGCUCAGGCCAUGGAAGAGCCUACUUAGAUGGUUUAGUUGUUCAUGGAAAACCAGUUUGUGAGUGCAAUACAUGCUUUGCUGGCCCUGAUUGCUCUCAAUUUUCCCCUGCUUGUCCUGCAGAUGUAGACAGUGGGAAUCCGUUAUUCUUGGAGCCCUACUGGAUGCAACAUGCAGCUAAAGGUGCAGUAGUAGUGGCAGGGUGGCACAGAAUGAGCUAUGCUUUCAAUGACCACUCUAUAAUCUCAGAAGAGCUUGAAAAACACAUCAGAAAACUACAUGAGAGAGUUGGGAAUGCAGUGACAGAAGGGAGAUUCAUAGUGUUUGGUGUUGGAUCUACCCAACUCCUUAAUGUAGCAGUUCAUGCCCUUUCCAACUCUUCUUCUCCUGCUGGGGUCGUAGCUACCAUCCCUUUCUACCCGGCCUACAAGUCACAAACGAACUUUUUCCGAUCAAUGGACUAUAAGUUUGUUGGAGAUACAUCAAUGUGGAAGAACACUUCAGAUGUGAAUAUGAAUAUGAUUGAGUUUGUGACUUCACCAAACAACCCUGAUGGUCAGUUGAAGAAGGCAGUGCUGAGAGGGUCCUCAGUGAAAACAAUUCACGAUCAUGCUUAUUAUUGGCCCCAUUUUACAGCAAUUCCAGCACCAGCUGAUGAAGAUCUCAUGUUGUUUACUCUUUCUAAGCUUACUGGCCAUGCUGGCUCCAGAUUUGGGUGGGCAUUGAUAAAGGAUGAGGAAGUUUAUGAGAGAAUGUUGAAGUAUACUGAUCAAAUUAGCUUUGGGGUUUCUCAUGACACCCAGUUAAUAGCAUUGCAGCAACUCAAAGCAAUUUUCCAAGGGAAUAAUGGUAGUGAUAUUUUUGAGUUUGGAUUCACAACAAUGAGGAAGCGCUGGGAAAUUCUGAGCAAGGCAUUAUCGGAAUCGAAUCGCUUCUCUAUCCAAAAAAUUGAACCCCAAUUUUGCACUUUUUAUCAACAACUCAGAGGACCUUCUCCAGCUUAUGCAUGGUUGAAAUGUGAAAGGGAUGAAGAAGAAGAUUGCUAUGAAGUGCUGAGAGAGAAUGGUAUAAUCAGCCGAAGAGGGAGUGUAUAUGGUGCAGAAAGGCGGUAUGUGCGUCUCAGCCUCAUCAAGACCCAGGAUGACUUUGAUUUAUUAAUGCUCCGAUUCAACUCAUUGCUCUCUCAAGAAAAUUUUUAUGGGAUUGAAACUAUUAUGUGAAAAUAAUUAAUAUAUAAUCAACUUUCUGUUGAUUGUAAUCUCAUCACAAGGCUACAAUUCAUGCAUUAUGUCGUUUCUAAAACGUAUGAUUCUAUUCUAUGUAUGAUUUAUGUAAUAUUAAAUUUGAAUC